AUGCGCUUAGCUCACUUGCACAUCCCGGGCCUGGUCCCUUACACUCACUCCCUGCGUCUGCAAACGGCCAUUUUGGAAAGACAUUUCCAACACAAGGACUGGCUGCGCUCGGCCACCAGAGAUGACGCAGCAGCGAGAGGAGCAAGACCAAUCGAGGCCACGAAUAAUGCGCCUCCACCUACGUUCAACGACAGGGGCAAGGACCCUGCAAGCCGGCUGUCACCACGUAUCUUCGACCGAACAGCUUCAGAUACUGUUGCCGCUGCUGAUGCUGAUGAGGUUGAUGAGGUUGAUGACGCAGCAAGGCCACGCACCUCGCAGAGACGCGACGUAUUGAGUCUACGGCAUGAUCGACCUGAGUCCUUAUUGCUUGGCGCCCGAAAUGGAAACUGCACUACAAAGGACACGACGGCCGCCUUGCAGCAUAAUGCAAGGUCCGUGCCUCCUUUCCACGCCGGCUCCAGCCCUUGGACACUAUCACACGUCCAAACACCCCCAGAUCCUGUCCUCCUGACAUUCAGCACCCCUCCCACCUACACUGUUGGACGCCGGCACCUCCUAGCGAAUCCCAUCUCCGCGGAUCAGCGAUCCUUCCUUUCUGCGAAUGGCCUGGCCACUUUUCAUGCCUCCCCACGCGGUGGCCUGCUAACGUACCACGCACCGGGCCAGUUGACCGGAUACGUCAUUGUCGAUUUACGGAGGUUCGGCAUCACCGCCAGAUGCUGGGUGAAGUUGUUGGAGGAGAGCGUCAUGCGCACCUGCAGUCGCUGGGGGGUCUUGACCGGGAGAACCGACGAUCCGGGGGUGUGGGUGCUGGAUCCUGGCCGAGCUAUAGACCAGCAAAGUAGUGUGCAAGCCGCAUCCACGCUAGCCAAGGGGGCAGCAGCAGCAGCAGCAGCAACAGCAAGCGAUCGCAAAAUCUGUGCGAUCGGCGUCCAGGUCUCGCGUGGUAUUACCUCCCACGGAGUAGGCCUGAACGUAUAUGACGCACCGCUUCCCUCGGCGUCUCCUUCGUCUGCGUCACCUUCAGCAGACCUCUCGUUGUCUCCUAGCCCUACGUCCCCGUCAACAUCGGCGUCCCCUUCUGGUACUGUGCUCUCUUCAGGCGAAAUUUAUGACUUCAUUCCCGCACAAGUAUCCUCGCCGUCCUACGAUCAGUCCACGCGGGGCUAUUUGUCAUGGGGCUUCAGCCGCAUCGUGGCCUGCGGACUUGAGGGGAAGAGCGUAACCUGGCUGACAAGGGAGAUGUCACGCUUGCAUCAUCCAUCCGCACCCGGGGACUCCGAACCGAUCAGACGCGGAACUUCGUCUCUCCUUCUUCCAGCUGACAUCCCGGCAAGAGGCGAGUCGCGCAGGGAAGACGAUCAGACCGGCCCGCUGACCGCAGAGCCGAUCGCGAUGGAAUCCGUCGCGGACGUUUUUGCGCGCGAGAUCGUCCACGGACUGAACAUCAUGAAGGCCGAGGGCAAGGAGACUGUGGAUGGCGUGUACCGGAUUCAAGAGUCGGAUAUUCUUUGA